UUCUGCCAGCACUACGUUGCCCUGUUCACUCUUUUUUUUUUUUUUGCUGACUAGCCGAAUAAAACGAAUUUAUUAAUAACUAAUUAUAAAAUUUACAUUAUGUGGGGCGAUACAAUUUUAAUUGUAUUCAUAUCAAUUUGUACCGCUUUUUUGGGCGAAGGUCUUACAUGGGUUCUUGUCUACCGCACUGAAAAGUACCAAAAACUAAAGGGUGAAGUGGAAAAGCAGAGCAAGAAAUUGGAAAGAAGAAAGGAAAUCCAUGGCGAAUCGCUGGAUAAACAUCAAAAGAAGAAAAUCGAACGUGAUGAGGAAAAAUUGAAAAACAAUAACCGAGACCUGUCCUUGGUAAAAAUGAAGUCAAUGUUUGCAACAGGUUUUGCCUUUACAGCUCUAUUGAGUAUGUUCAAUAGCAUCUUUGAUGGUCGUGUGGUUGCCCAAUUACCCUUUACACCAAUUUCAUGGAUUCAAGGUCUAAGUCAUCGUAAUCUAUCCGGUGAUGAUUACACGGAUUGCUCUUUCAUUUUCCUUUAUAUUCUGUGCACCAUGUCCAUCCGACAGAAUAUACAAAAACUAUUGGGCUUUGCCCCAUCCCGGGCAGCCAGCAAACAAGGUGGUGGCUUAUUUGGACCCGCCCCAGGACAAUUUAAAUAAUUUUUU